AUGAAUGGGGCGAGUGACGCCUGCGCCACAGAGAGAGAGGGCCUGAAGCAGGAGCUUGAGAAGCAGCUGCACUCCAUCUUUCUGGUGCAGCGCUCCAUCGUGGAGCAGGUAUUGUACCAGCGCUUGAAAAAAGACCUGCUGCGGAAGAUGCGCCGCAAGAAGCGCGAGCUUGACGUCAAGGAGAAGCUGCGCAUGCUUCAUGGGGCCAUGUCAGACUACGACUCUCAGGUGGAAGAGCUUCGGCCCCUCUUCGUCAGCAACACAGAAAGGGACAGGGCCGAAAAGAGGCUGUCUCAACUCCAAUGGGGAAUUGGAGACACAGCGGAGGGAAAAGAGAUGAAGCAGCGGUGGAAGAUGGAAAGGUUACGAAGAGCGCCAACGCGCCAGUCGAAGGACAUCUCCAUCUCCUUGUCCCCGGGUAUGCGGCUCAUGUUGCGACCCUCUGGGCUGGGAAACUUUCAGCUCUUCUCUCGCCGCAAGGUUGGACCGAACCAGAAUCCCAACGAGGUUGCCGUGGGCAUCCACAACGAUGGGAAGGUUGAGACUUGUGAGACUGUGAAGUGCCCCGGAGAGCGCACGAGCGAUGCAACUUGCGGAGUGCUACUUCAGAAGUGGCGAUCCCCAGCGUCAUCCAUUGCAAGUGUUACGGCAGCUAACGCUCGCUUUUACUGGCCCAAGCCCUCUCGCAGCAAGCUCUGCGCAAGUGCCUUCGCUGCCAUGAACGCGGAGGACCUGGAAGGCCUCCCCGUGAGCUCCGGGGGCCAUGUUCUCAGCUGCGAGGAGAUAACCUGCCUCCAGGCAGGUCUCACUUUGCUCAAGGCAACUGAGAAGAACCCAGUGAUCCAGUUCUGGGGCAAGAUCCUUGGGAAGGAGCGGGACUACUUCAUAGCGUGCGAGAUUCGGGACCUGAAGCCUGCGUAUCCUAACAAGCGCUUCUUCUAUGCCGGCGAGGACUUUAAGUUCAAGGCAAUGCCGGACUUGUCCGAGGAGGUUGGUGAAGCCGUCUCCAUGCUACAGUUGACCACUCCGCUGACCGGCGACCCCACUGCAUUGCUGGAAUCAGUGGGAGGUGUGGAGCCCAAGGCAGGGCCAGCACUGACUGAGCUGGACAGGCUCACGCUGCUAGUCCAGGAGAUCGACUUUGACACUGCAACAGUGCCCAAAGGCGCCUACUCGCUGAAUGAGGCGCAGGUGGUGGUUCCGAACAGCGCCUUCCGAGGCCUCGAGCCUGCGAAGGCUACAUUGUUGGAGAACUACGUGCACUUCAGACCCCCAGCAAGCGUCGUGAGCCUGAAGGCGCAGGCUUCGAACGAUUUGGAGUUCCAGUCCAACUUUCUGGAUUCUCUUGCCGACGACUUGCCGAAAGGGUGCUGGGCUGUGCGGCAGGAGCCAGAGAAGAGCGGCUUGGUCACGUUGCGUUCGCUGAUGUGGCCAGGUUACUCAGCGUUUCACGUGCCUGGCACUGGCAAGUUUGGCAGCGUGUACUUCGGCUAUGCUUCCAAGAUCAAUGACUUGGCCUUCCUGCUCUGA